AUGAAAUUAGCUGGAUCUUCGACGAGAUCCUUACGGUCACGCAGAUCUGUUUUGACCGACAAAGCAGUCUCAUAUAAGUGCGAUCGAGAAUAUGAGAAUAUUCAAGAGUUUGAGGUGUGUUUUCCAGAUUUAUGUCGCAAAUAUGGCUUUCCCUGGUCGGUCUAUGUAAAAAAGGAAACUGUGCGUGAUGAAUAUUUAGACAAUCAAAAUUUAUCUAAACCGAAAGGAAAACUUAAGCAGAAGGAUAAGAACCAUCCGCCAUCCCUAAAUUCUACACGAGACACGGCUACCACAGCUUCAACGGAAUUCCAAUUAGACGAAGAUACUCUAGUAAUAACUUCUUUGUACGACAAUUGCAACCGAUUCGUUGAACUUUUCCUUCAUAAGCUAGAUGAAAUACCACCAGAACUAAUUAAACUAAUUGGAUUCCUAGCACGAUAUUACACAGAUCUCAAAAGGAUUAAAAUACAAUUUUGCAGAAUAGAUGCUAACACAAUUUUCGAGUUAUCUAAAUUAUUUAGUCUAUCAUCACUUACUGAAGUUGAUCUUGACGGAUCAAUAGCAACAGCAGGCAAUUAUGGAAUUUUAUUAGACAACUCCCGCGUUAUCAAUAUAUCAUUAUCCAAAUGUAGGAUAAACGACCCUGUAUGUGAAAUAAUAGCGUCAAAAUUAUGUUUUCAAGGUCCGGCGGAGAGAACUUUAUGUAGUUUAAAUCUAUCUUCAAACCACAUAACAGAUACCGGUGCGAAAUAUUUAAGCAAUGCUUUGAGAUCGAAUAGAACUUUGCGGUAUUUAAAUUUAGCAGACAACCGCAUUACAGACGAAGGGGCUUGUGGUAUAUUGGAGUCUUUGAAAGAAUUUCCAUUAACCCGCGAAGAAAGCUUAAAUAAGAAACAACGCUACAUGGAUUAUGAGAAACAAAGACUAGCAUAUUAUUUCAAAUAUCUCGAAGAUUUUGACAAACAGCAUAUUGAAGAAAUCCAUCGAGGUAAAUCAAGCGAAAGAAGCAAAUCAAUGUCAAGUCGAAAGAGCAGUAGACCAAGUACUGCAAGACCUCAAAAGGAACGAAAAGAUAUCAAAGUCUUUACUUUUGAUGAUUAUAAAACCAGAGCUGAGAUGUUAGCUGGAGAAAUGAUGGGUCCGUUUCAUGAUCCGUAUCAGUUUAAUAAUGUUAAAAUUAGGGACGAAAAAUGUUACAGUAUUGGAAAUUUAACGCUGUGUUAUCUAAAUUUGGCUUUCAAUAAUUUGAGUUAUCAUAGUGUUGUAAAAUUAUUAGACGUUUUACAAUAUCAAAAGGACACAAAGCGGCAAGGUCAAAUAGGUUUAAUGCGAGUCAUAUUAAAAGGAAAUGAUAUACCUAUAUCCUGCGCGGAAUAUAUAAAAAUUGAUGAAAUGUUGAACAAAUGUAUGAUGACAAGUGGAGGGAGAGCAUUCACAGAAUUUUCCGCUAAGAGAAAAAGUAGACUUUCGAGAGUAUCAAUGAUACCAGAAAAGGUACUGUUGUCUCCAAGAUAA